GUGCCACAGGGCAAGAGAGGCAAACCAACUAUGAAAAAAGUAACUGAAUCCUUACAACCACAAGGCAGUGUACCUCUUCCUUAUCCAAGACUUCAUGUGGACUACCCAGCUGUCCUUUAUCAGGGAGAAUAUUAGUAGAAAGAAUUUAGUUUGAAUCAAGAUGAUGCGGAAAGUGAAAUUGAAGACUGUUUUUUGCGCUGCUCUGACAUUAGGGUUUAUUUACUACUUUGGUAUUUUGACUCAUCUUUUAGAAAGUACUUACAAUGAUGAUUUUAAAUAUCCAUAUGUGGGAGACAUUCAAGAAUUCAUAAAUCAAUUACGCAACCAAGAAAAGCCAGAUGUCCCACCGAUCACAGUGUACAAUUAUACAUUCCUAACAGACUUGAAAAGAAAAUGUUUCGAUGAAGAUUAUCCUCAGCUUCGUUUAGUGUAUGUAGUCAAAUCUGCUUUGCAUCAUUUUGAGCAACGCAAAGCUAUUAGAAAGUCAUGGGGCUUUGAAAGAAGAUUUUCGGAUGUGCCAAUUCGAACUAUUUUUAUGCUUGGCACGAAACCCAAUGAUGCAGAGCUACAGAUGAAAAUAGAAGAGGAAAUUGCUGAACAUGGUGAUAUUGUUCAAGUUAAAUUCAUUGACACUUACUACAACAACACCAUCAAAACCAUGAUGGGGUUCAAGUGGAUUAUGAACAACUGCUUAAAUUCCAAGUUUUUUAUGUUUGUUGAUGAUGAUAUGUAUAUUUCUACCAGAAGCGUAUUGCGCUUUUUAAGGGAUCCCACCAACUAUCCCAAUGAAAAAGGGAAUCUCGCAGAAACAGAUUAUGAGUUACCAGAAGAUGUGAGAUUAUUUUCUGGUUUUGUUUUUGUGUCAUCUCCCCACAGACAUCUCAGUAGUAAGUGGUAUGUACCUCUAUCUGAGUACCCUUACCACUUGUGGCCACCCUAUGUCACUGCAGGGGCCUUCAUCCUGUCUCGGGAAGCUCUGAUAGACAUGUACUACGCGAGUAUGUACACGGAGCACUUUCGCUUCGAUGAUAUCUAUCUCGGUUUGGUGGCUAAAAAAGCUGGUGUUGAGCCAUACCAUUGCAACGAGUUUCACUUCUACAAGAAACCAUAUGAUAAGUACUCGUAUCGGUAUGUUAUCGCCUCUCAUGGAUUUGAUCCAGAAGAACUAGUCAAAGUGUGGAAUGAGCAGAAAUUUGUGGGUUAUGCAUAAUCUAUCUAUGCCUACAUUGCCUGUUGUUAAAAAAUUCUAUUGAAUUUUUGUGCACACGCACUAUUUUAUAAUAAUUUAAAAAAUGUACAAAAUUUCUUGUCAUUUUCACAUGCCUUCCCCAAAAUGAUCUUUUUAGGUAACAUUAUAUUUAUCAAGGGAUUUCAAAAGCUCUUUGUUCUUUUUGUUUCCAAAUCUUAAUGCACAACCACUUGUAUAUACAGUAACUUUAUUGAUUUUGGCAACCUCUGUUCUCUGUUCUGUUCAAGUUUGUAAUUUUGUUGAGUGCUCUAAAAGGAAUAUUUUGAGUUUCUUAAUUUGGAACCUCGUUCUUUUUAGCAGUGCUUUUGUGAAUAAAUGUUUGUUGUUACUUCUGUA